AUGGGUGUAGGGGAUCUUGAAUUCCAGGCACUGGGGGCUACCACGUGCACCGGGCCAACUGCCAGCAGUAAGGAGGGCGACUCGAGUUGGAUCAACGACUUGGUAAGGCCCGGCGGUUGGCCAUUGCUGGUCGUUGCAGCGGGCAUGUCUGAAUCGAUGCCCCGCCUUCGGUGCGACGCGUCAUGGUGGAUCUCGAACUCGAAUGGUGAGGUUCAGAUGGUAUUGAUCAUUGCGGUCUCGAGGAACCCGAAGAAGGUAGAAAUCGAAAAGUACGUGCCCAUGCAGUUUCCGCAGACUCAGGCGCAACCUGGCCCGGUAUACCAGGCGCACAAAGUGUGGACCACCAUGAUUGACCAGCAGGCGAAUCCUCCAACAGUUCUGGGCGCUCCUCUGCGACUCGAGUUCGAUAAAGUCAUUGGCCGCCCUGCGAUUCCCCCAAUGGAACACAAAAUCGUAUUUACAACCGCAGAACUCUAG